AUGUACGCCCUGAUAAAAACAAUAUCCCUCCCCUGCCCAAAUUUACGUGUAUAUAACCCAACCAAAUGCCAAAAGCUAACACUUCUCCCCUUUCCAAAACCCAGGAAUUCAACCUUCCUCUCCCCAGCCCAGGAUACCUACUGGGCCCAGUUCGAGGAAAUCUCUAAAUACAACGUCCACCUCAAUUUCGUCGAGCGUCUAUGGGCCGCCUGGUACGUUUGGAUGCAGAAUGAUGUCCUCGCAACCGGCAUCCUCUCCUUCGUCAUGCACGAGUGCGUCUACUUCGGCCGCGCUCUGCCCUGGAUUAUCAUCAGCAGAAUACCCUAUUUCAAUAAAUAUAAGAUUCAACCUAAUAAAAUCCCGACCCUGAAAGAACAAUGGGAGUGCGCCAAACUAGUCCUCCUCAGUCACUUCACCGUCGAACUCCCACAGAUAUGGCUCUUCCACCCAAUGGCCCAAUAUUUCGGCCUAGACACCGGCGUCCCCUUCCCCUCCCCCUGGACCAUGGCCUACCAAAUCGUAAUCUUCUUCGUCGUCGAAGAUACCUGGCACUACUGGUCUCACCGCCUUUUCCACUGGGGCCCGCUCUACCGCUCUGUCCACAAAAUCCACCACCAAUACUCCGCCCCCUUCGGCCUGGCCGCCGAAUACGCCUCCCCCAUCGAAGUGAUGGCCCUGGGAUUCGGCACCGUCGCCGCCCCUGUCUUCUGGGCAGCCUUCACGGGCAAACUGCACAUCCUCACCAUGUACAUUUGGAUCAUGCUGAGGCUUUUCCAGGCCAUUGAUGCGCACAGUGGGUAUGAGUUUCCGUGGUCGUUGCAUCAUUUCUUGCCUAUUUGGGCCGGGGCGGAUCAUCAUGAUGUGCAUCAUGAGAAGUUCAUAGGGAAUUUUGCAAGUAGUUUUCGAUGGUGGGAUUAUUGUUUAGAUACAGAGUAUACGCCUGAGGCUGCGAAGAGGUGGAGGCAGAAGAAGCUGGCUAAUGCGGCGAAGAAGAAACAAUGA